AAUUUAUGAAAAACUGUGAAAAUUGUGUGUGGCGCAUUGAAAAUGGUGCUAAGAUCGGGAAUUAUUAUUCCCUUUCAGUUUCGUGAUACCAAGAAGUUGCUAAUGAUAGGUGUGCCCGAAGAAAAUAGAAACCUCAACAUCUGGGACUUGAAGAAUGUUGUGCGUGCCGCCUUUGGCAUAUACAACUUUGAAUUCCGGAACAAAAAAAUUGGCUUUAACAUACCCGACGAACUGCUGCUCCACUACCUGGCGCAACGACACGAUCUUACCAAUUUCGUUAUAGAAAUCAGUCAAGCUCUCGACGAUGGCCAUGCCAAGGAGAUGCUCUCCUAUGAGCCAUCCUGCUCGAUGGCGGCGCUGAAGCAACAUCAUGUGCCACUACCGCAGCGUUCUAGUGAGAGCUCAGCACACGACUAUGUUGGCGGUGGAGCUCCCUGUCCCACAUCACAGCCCAAUUCCCCAGCGCUCGCCGUUUGCCAUGAACCAGCUGAUUCACCGUUGGAACACACAAACAAUUCCUCGGAUCGUGUUAGUAUUGCGGACUCCACUCAUAAGUUGCGUCUAACACAAGUCUAUGAGGAACGCACGCCAGAGUCACUUACGCAAUCCAUAGAUCCCAUGGAUAUAAUACCUAAGGCAGAAAGCGAGUCAGAGGCAGACCGCGCAGCGCGUGCUGCACGUUAUCAGAUGCGGCAGGAACAACAACAUCAUCAACAGCAACAAGCGGCGGUGCAGGCGCACGUCGCAAUGCAACACACUUUACCACCUCAGCAGUUCUUCCCCAAUUAUACACAUAGCCUAUUAGGCGGCUCAGUACCCUCGGCGACGAGUACGCCCAUGAAUGCACCAAAUACACAACAGCCGCCGUACACGCCCGGUCUAAUGAGUCGAUUUCGAAAGCGAGGCGAACGCAUGUCCAAGGAUCAGAAGGAAUUGUAUGUAAAAUUUUUUGAGGAUAAUCCCUGCAUGUUGUCCAAUCAUCGACGGCAUGAUGGUCUAACAGAACCAUUAUGGGCCAAGCUAGCGCACAUGUUGAACAGCGUGCCGCAGGGCGCGGUCAAGAAUGUUGAGGAUUGGAAACAGACCUUUGAUGCUUGGCGCUAUCGUAUAUUCAUGUACACGCGCUACAACUCUAAGUUGAGCAUGGCGGAAACCACCGAUCCGAAGAAUUACAAGCCUCUCACAGCCACUGAUCAGAAAGCCUAUGCCAUGUGGACGAGUCAUAAGCAGAUAACGCCACAGGAUUAUGAUAAAAUGGAGAUGUUUGUGCCUCUGGACGAAUCGACGACAGCCACAACGAAUUACGACUAUUGAGCAAACACCAUGCUGUGUACCAACGAUAAACCCAAGCCCACUGCAGCAGACCAGUGCAAAUUAACACGAUGAUAAUGAUGAUGUGUACUUUAAUUAUAGUUAAGAGAAAAAUACAUAUUGUUUAAGUACCAUAAA